AUGGAUGAAAAACAUAAAGCUUUUAGAAAACAAACGACAGGUAUUAAAGCAGAACGACGAAAAAAAAAGAAGAAACAAGAAGAAAAUGAUCAAAUAGAUACAAAAUCAUCAUCAACAUUAGAAGAAGCUAAACGACGAAAUCCAAAAGCAUUUAGUAUACAAAAUCCAAUCAAAGCUCAACAAGAAUUUCGACGAUCACAAGAUAUUAAAGAAAAACGUAUUCAUUUACCAGAAGUUGAUCGAACACCACUUGAACCACCACCAGUUAUUGUUGCACUUGUUGGUCCAGCGAAAGUUGGAAAAAGUUUAUUAAUGAAAUGUUUAAUUAAAAAUUUUACAAGACAAAAAUUAACUGAUGUUCGUGGCCCCGUUACUAUUGUUUCAGGACGAAAACGUCGUAUUACAUUUAUUGAAUGUCGUAAUGAUAUUAAUUCAUUGAUUGAUGUAGCUAAAAUAGCUGAUCUAGUUUUACUAUUAAUUGAUGCUAAAUUUGGUUUUGAAAUGGAAACAUUUGAAUUUUUAAAUAUAGCACAAAUAUAUGGUUUACCACGUGUUAUGGGUGUAUUAACACAUAUGGAUUUAUAUAAAAAAAUGAAUAAAAAAUUAAAUAAAAGAAAAACUCAAUUAAAACAUCGAUUUUGGACAGAAAUUUAUCAAGGUGCAAAAUUAUUUCUUAUGUCCGGUAUGAAAAAUGGUGAAUAUAUUCAACGUGAUGUUCAUAAUCUAGCAAGAUUUAUAUCAGUUAUGAAAUUUAAACCAUCAACAUGGAAAACAACACAUCCAUUUGUUGUUGCUGAUCGUAUGGAAGAUCUUACUGAACCUGAAUUAAUUCGAACUGAUCCAUUAUGUAAUCGUACUAUAUGUUUAUAUGGUUAUGUACGUGGAUGUUGUGGAGAUUAUAAAUUAAAUAAUAUAUCAACAUUACCUGAUCCAUGUUCAUUACCGGCUGAUCGAUCAACAAAAACUAAACAAGCUCGACGUGUUUUAAAUGAAAAAGAAAGACUUUUAUAUGCACCUUUUUCGGGUGUUGGAGGUAUUGUUUAUGAUAAAGAUGCUGUUUACAUUGAAUUAGGUGGUUCACAUUCACAUCGACCUUCUAAUAUUAAUGAAAAAACAAGACCAAUUAAUGAAUAUGUCGCUAAUAUCUUAUCAACGAAACAAACUAUUGAAGAAAAAGUAGCAUCAAGUCAAUUGAAAUUAUUUGCUGAUAGUGAACCAAUUAUAGCUGAAGAUGAACAAGAGAUAAAACGAAGAAAAAUGAAAUUUGAAACAGAAGAUGAUGAAGGUAACUCUGAGGACGAAAAAAAACAAGAUACUGAUGAACAAGAAGAGGAAGAUGAAGAAGAAAAUAUGGAUGAAGAAUCUGACCAAGAAGAGUUCGGAAAUUCAUGGAAAGAAAAUAUAUCAAAAAAAUUUGCAAUUAGUUAUGUUCCUAAUAAAACCAUCAAUUGGAUAAAACUUGUUUAUGAUGAUCCUAAUAAUAAAACAAAUAAAAAUUUAUUUUCGGAAGAAAUCGAUUCAACAAAUGAAAAUGGAGAAGUUGGUGGAUUAUUUCAUAUAUCUCAACGAAAAAAAAUUCAUGUUAAUGAUCAAGAAGAUUAUACAUUGAUCAAUCAAAAUGAAAAACAUAAAUGGAAUUUCGAUGAAAUUUCAAAUUUAAUUCGUGAUUGUUUCGUAACAGGAAAAUGGGAAAAAGAAAAAGAUGCUGAGAAUUUACUUGCAGAAGAUGAUGCUAUUGAUGAUGAUGAUGAAGAAUUAUUUGGUGAUUUUGAAGAUCUAGAAACAGGUGAAACAAAUAAAGAAGAAGAUGAUGAUGAUGAUGAUCAAAUGGAUUAUGAAGAUGAUGAAGAAAAAACUCAACUUGAAGCUAAAAAAGCAAAAUUAAAAUCUGCAUUUGACGCUGAAUAUGAUCAAUCAAAAGAUCCUGAUUCAACAUAUUUAGAUGAACUUAAAAAAGAAGUCGACAUACAAACAAAAUUAAAUCGAUCGGAAUUUGAAAAUAUGCCUGAUGAUAUUCGUGUUUUAUAUGAAGGUUAUCGUCCCGGAAUGUAUGUUCGUUGUGAAUUAACACAAAUUCCAUGUGAAUUUGUUAAUAAUUUUGAUGCACGUUAUAUAAUUAUACUUGGUGGAAUGCCUAUAACUGAAUCUCAUACUGGUUAUGUUCAAGUUCGUUUAAAAAAACAUCGAUGGCAUAAAAAAAUUCUAAAAAGCAAAGAUCCAUUAAUUAUUUCACUUGGUUGGAGACGUUUUCAAACAGUUCCAUAUUAUUUUAUUCAAGAUCAUAAUAUGAGACAUCGACUUUUAAAAUAUACACCACAACAUAUGUAUUGUCAUGCAAUAUUCUAUGGACCUAUAACACCACAAAAUACAGGUUUUGUUGCUGUUCAGCAAACAGCUGGAAAAACCGAUUUUCGAAUAACAGCAACUGGUGUCGUACUCGAUUUAGAUAAAUCAACAAAAAUAGUUAAAAAAUUAAAAUUAAUUGGUACACCAUAUAAAAUAUUUAAAAAGACAGCAUUUGUUAAAGGUAUGUUUAAUACAUCAAUAGAAGUUGCUAAAUUUCAAGGUGCAUCUAUUCGAACUGUAAGUGGUAUACGUGGACAAAUUAAAAAAUUUGUUAAAGAACAUCAAGGUGCUUUUCGUGCUACAUUUGAAGAUAAAAUUCUUCUUAGUGAUAUUGUUUUUCUUCGAGCAUGGCUUCCAUUACAAGUACCGAAAUUUUAUACACCUGUUACUAAUUUAUUAAUGUCAAUUGAACAAAAAGAUCAAUGGCAAGGACUUCGUUCUCUUGGUCAACUUAAAUAUGCUAUGAAUAUUCGUAAUGAACCUAAUGUUGAUUCUCUAUAUAAACCAAUUGAAAGAAAAGAACGUGUUUUUCGUCCAUUAAAAAUACCUACACAACUUCAACGUGAUUUACCAUUUCAUCUUAAACCAAAAACAACUGGAUCUACAACAAUGAAAGAUCCAAUAGAAGAAAAACAACGUGUUGCUGUUGUUCUAGAACCACAAGAAAAAAAAAUUGCUGAUAUAAUGAAAAUGUUUACAACAGUAUAUAAAGAUCGAUUAAAAUCUAAACAAAAAACUCAAGCAAAUCGUAAUGCUCAAUAUAAAAAACAACAAAAAACUCAAGAAAUAAAACGUUUACAAAAACAUAAAGAAUUAAAAAAAGUGGUCUAUAAAAAACUUGGUCAAAUUGAAUCAAGAAAAAAUAAGACAAAUUCUCGUCAUGAAAAACAGACAAAUAACGAUAGUAUUGAUGAAUAG